AUGUCGACGCUGAAGGAGAUCCUCACUCGCCGCCCAGUGGCGGCAACGAUCCGGCUAACAGUUCCCGCCGGCGCGGCCCGACCGGCACCACCAGUCGGCCCAGCUCUCGGCCAAUACCGCCUAAACCUUAUGGCAUUUUGCAAAGACUUCAACGCCCGAACCCAAAAGUACAAGCCAGACACGCCCAUGGCCGUCACCAUAACGGCCUUCAAGGACAACACCUUCGAGUUCACCGUCAAGUCGCCGUCGGUAACGUGGUACUUGAAGAAAGCAGCGGGCAUUGAGUCCGGCAGCGGCCGACCGGGUCACAUGAUCGCGUCGACGUUGAGCUUGAAGCACGUUUAUGAGAUAGCGAAGAUCAAGCAGUCGGAUCCAUACUGUCAGUACAUGUCGUUGGAGGCGAUUUGUAAGUCGAUUAUGGGUACUGCUAAUACUAUGGGCAUUAAGGUUUCAAUCAAGACCCUUAUCAACCACACCUGUCCCAACUCACCAGCAUAUGGUCCAUACCAUAUUAGACCAGAGAUUAGCAACUCUCCAGAUGGGCUUCCAAACUCUCCAGUUGCUGUGGAGGCUAUUGAUGUUCUAGAAAGAAUAGAGAGCAAAGGGGGUGCAAUUGAUUUUGUAACUCAUAAUAUCCUGAUCAAGGGUUUUGCUAAUGCAGAGAAAGUGAAGGUUGGAUAUAGGUUUUCGAAGGAGAUGGAGUGGAAGUGUUGCCUUCCAAAUGUAGACACAUAUAACAUGCUGAUUGCUGGUUUCUGUGAAAAGAUGGAAAUGGGUUGUAAGAUCUUGGAAUUAAUGGACGUAAUGUUCAUUCCUUUAACUAGUGUACUAUGCGGGCAAGGCAAAUUGGGAGUGAAAACUCCUGGAGGAAAUGGUUGGAAGAGGUUGCUUGUCUAG